AUGGGCUUGGCAGGCACAAAGCCAACUGCCACACCACUGGAAACUGAAAGCAAACUGACUACUAUGGAAUAUGACAAGGCUGUUGGAGUCAAGGAUGAUAAACCUCUGGAAGAAAUCUCAAGAUACCAAAGGCUGAUAGGAAGACUGUUGUAUGUCACCAUCACUAGGCCAGACAUCAGCUUUGCAGUCCAAACACUAAAUUGGGCAGCAUGUCCUAACACUAGAAGAUCCAUCACAAACUAUGCAAUUAAGUUCGGAGAGUCACUAAUCUCUUGGAAAUCUAAGAAGCAGCAAAUAGUAUCCAAGAGCUCAGCGGAGGCUAAAUAUAGGAGCAUGACAGCUGUUGUAGCAGAAGCUACUUGGCUACUAGGCUUGUUCAGAAAGCUUGGAGUAGAAAUCCAUUAG